UAUUUUUAAAACUGUUGUUUAUGUGAACUUGCAACCAAUCAAAAUCCUUCAUGAUGCUGAUCAACCAAUCAGAUUUCCCGUCCACCAGGUGGACGGGAAUCCCACACUUUAGAUAGGUUUUGUGUCAGGCCCUAUUCUGUGAUAGGGCCUGAACUUCAGGUUAGUGUCGACGCAGCUGCCCACACCAGCAGAGGGCUCAAUCGACCUUCGAGUGACCAAAUUCAAUCUUUAUGUUUAUUUUUUUAUUUAUUUUCCUCUCAGAACAGACAGAAAGGAUUUAUUUUCAGAGUUUUCUGGUAGCCUUUAAUCCCGCUGGUUUGAAAGCUUUGCUGUGAUAUGCCACUGAUGGUAGACCUAGACGAUCACAGCUUAGAGGUAGGCUGAAUUGAAUGGCCACAAAGCCGGCGAAAUCGCGACUCGAAAAUAUCUAUUUAUAUGACAUGUUUAUAUUAUAACGUUUGUUACUUUGUGAAUGUUCUAAUUCGGAUCUAGAAAAUCUCAAACGUUCUAAUUGUUUAGUGUGUUAUUUAGAAGCAUUUUGUUACAUGUUAGAAGGUAUAAAUACAUAUAUAUUUUAUCAUCUGUCACACGUAUAUUUAGGCAUUUCGCUUUAUUUUGUAUUUGAGGUUUAGCGGUUUGCAAUUAAAUUCAAUUAAGGCUACUUAUUGUUCGUUCUUUAAAAGCCUUAAACUGUCAGGGGCCUAUUAAACAUUAAUCCUUGGGAUUUGUAAUUUGAUUUUUUUUUGCUAAUUUUGUGGCAAAUCAUUUUGGAAAUUUUAAACUUUAACUUUUUUUUGGAAAACGCUUUUAAAACUCAGUGAUAUUUACCAAUAUUGUAAAAGGCUUUUAUAUGAUAAUUAAAGCAUGUAUUGUUGUGAUGCGUGAUUAAACUACUUAAGUAUUGGAUCAUUCCAGAAAAUAUCCAUAGCUCCCCGACAAAGGAAAUUGGAAGUUGAUCCCGCUAUCCCUUUGGAAUGUUUCUUCCCCCCCUGCCAUAGGGGAGGGAGUGUUGAUCUUUUCUGGAAUGACCCAUUGUCCAGAUUUAUACUAGAGAUAGAUCGCCUCUCAAAACAUCAAUAUUAUCGAUUUGAUAAUAGAUAUCAUCCACUGAGCAUAGAAGUCCUGAAUAAUUUUAAAUAAUAUGAUGUACAAGAUAAUUAUGAUUCUAAACUUAGUUAAAAAGUUCAUGUAGGAACAUGUGUAAUAAAUCGUUGUUAACCCUUUAAGUGGCAAUGCGCCCAGGUGCGGCCUACUUUAUUAUUUUACUCUGUCUAACGCCAGAUGAUUUUACUCGUCAGGGGGAGAGUGCUGUCACUCAAUGGGUUAAUCAGACUAUCUGCCCAUGCACCCUGUUAACUCUUUUAGCAGCAAUUCGUCCAGAUGUGCCCAGGGGAGAGUGUUACCACUCAAUGGGUUCAUUUUUCCAUUCUGCGGAGGGGGAAUAGUUCAUGUAAUUAAUAUCAGAGGGCAGGUAGGGUAGCAAAAGGUGAUUACAUAGGGGGGAUGAGGUGUAAAAAAUAGCCCAAAAUUUGAUGUAAGUAAUUGUUGAAUGGCCCUUAUAAAUGGCAAUGGUAUGGAGAACAACUUAUACCUUAACAGUAAUAUUUUCCUCAUACUUCACCAAUGUCAUAUUUACACUCAUAAACUAUUGAGACAUUAAAUUAGAUACUCAUAGAUAGAUAGAAUUUAAUUCACCACACAACAAAACAUACAGUAAAGUACAGAAAUAACAAAAGAAAUGUCUAAAAGGUGGCGAGGAUGCCCAACUGGAAAUUAGGUAUGGACAGAUUUUUGGGGGGAAUGAAAGGGGUGCACACACCCCUAAAUAUACACUCCCUCUCGCUCAUUUCCCCCCCCUGAAUUUUUGGCAUCCCCCCUGAAUUUUUGGCAUCCCCCCAGAGCAAAAUCUGAAAAUCUGUCUAUGCUUGUAAGUUUGUUAGUAUAAAGCAACAAUGCAGGCAGUAUAACCAGAGUAUGCCACUACAGUGAAAAUGUGUAUGUUAAUUAGAACUAUCUGCCCCAUAUAGGUUACUACAGGAUAGCCCCUGUUGCCUUCCAGUGACACCAUAAUGGUAUUGUCUUACUAAAUCUUACCAAAUUCUAUAUAGAAUGGUGAACUGGCAGAACAAGAGGAAAAACAGACAGAAUACCAGCUACUUAAGGAAAGUGGAGGUAAACUGCAUAUAGUUACCUUAACAUAUUGGUAAUAUACAGGGGUAACUGUUCCCCUGGGUAAAUUACCAAGUUGGGCUGUCAAUGGGUUGCUCGGUCAAUUGGUCAGUUGGUCAAUCAGCUAGUCAGUCGAGUUAUUCGGUCGGUUGGACAGUCUAGUCAGUUAGUCAAACAAUUGGUAGGCUGGUUGGUUGGUCAAGUCAGGCAGCCCUCAAAACCACCAUUGUUUUAUCUAUUGGUUGGUUAGUAAGUUGGUUUAUCAGCCAAUUUUUAUGCAAAGUGCCCUUUUUGUACAAGCUAAUGUUGCUAAUUUGUUCAAAGUGCCCCCCCCCCAAUCUUUUAAUGCUUCCUAUGCCCCUGAGGCCAACCCAGCCAGCAAGUCAGUCCAAUGUGUGAUGGUUUUCAAUAAGAUAUAUUAAACAGUUCCUAAUGCUGUUAUAUUUCCACUUCUCAGUUUUCAAAAAUCCCAAAGUAAGACGAGAAUUGUUGCCGAAAACGAGAGAGAAAUCAUCGAUUAGGAAUCUCUUCAGUUUUUUGAAGACAGUUAUUGGUAAAGAUUUAACGAAAGUCACGAUGCCCGUCUAUUUCAAUGAACCAAUAUCAUUUCUACAGGUAAGUUCUGCCACUUCUCUCAGAAAUAUUUUAUACACACAGCGCAGGCCCUUCGUCAGAAGUUAGUGACUAUAUAACAGAGGUGUGCAUCAGAUCGGAUUGGACGUUUAUAAUCCGACAAUUGUCUAAUGUUUAAAAUCCGAUCCGAAAUUGUCUAAUCCAAAUCCGAUCCGAGUUUUGAUAAAGAAUUCCAAUCCGAUCCGAUCCGAAGAAUUCUUUAAUUAAUAAAAUAAAUUUCUCAUUCAAGUUGAAAUAUUUAACCAAAUAAAUAUAAAAGCAAGAAAUACAUGUCAAGAAGCUGACAAAGUAACGUCCAAUUGAAGUAUCAAACGAAUAAUGCAGCGACAACCGCGAUUUAACAAAUAUAAAACAUUUUCCGUGUUGAUAUACAGUUAUAUCAACACGAGUGGAAAUUGGGAAAACGAGAAAUUGUGUGGAAACACGACGCCCGAAGGGCGGAGUGUUUUCACACAAUUUCAAGUUUUCCCAACUUCCACGAGUGUUGAUAUAACUAUAUAUCAAUACGGAAAAAAUGUUUUAUAUUUGUUUUAUAAUAUAGCAAUGUCAAAAGCCCGAAGAAUAAGAAAAAUUUCCGUGUUACAAGCGGCGGAAAAUUUCCCGUGUUGACAUGGAGUUAUAUCAACACGGCUCUUAGCCAAUCAGCGUUCAGAAUUUACAAAUGCUAUAUUAUAAAAUGCUUUCAUAAAUGCAUGGAUAAUAAUUAAUUCUUGCGAUAAUGCGUGGAUAAUUAAUUCAUUUUAUUUCGGAUAUCGAAGUCCGAUCCGAUCCGACUACGAAACAACUUUAUCAAUCCGAUCCGAAAUGAAUAUUUUGUUUCCGAAAUCCGAAUGGAUUGGAUUCGGAUCGGUUUCGGAUCGGAUUUGCACACCUCUACUAUAUAGUAUUGAAUGGGUGAUUCCAGCUAUACCUAUACUAUAGAUUUAAUUUUGAUCAACCAAGAAGAACGAAAUCCAACACCACAGCUAGAAAGAGCGUCUUAGAAUGAGUAAAACUGCAAAGAUUGGUUGCUAAAUGUUGUAAAAUGAAGAAAAUAAAGCUCUGUGAAGUUCGCAAAUUUUGUAUAUAUUUGUAUUACGUGCGCGGUUAGAAUAACCACUUUCGGCUUAAAAAAUGGUCAUUUUUCCCGCGUGUAUAUGCAAAUAUAUACAAAAUUUGCGAACUUCACAGGGCUAUAUUUUCCUCAUUUUACAACAAUUCGCAACCAAACUUUGCAAUUUUACUCAUUUUAAGAUGCUCUUUCCAGCUAGGGUAAUGGUUUUCGUUCUCCUUGUCUAGAUCAAAAUUCCGUCUAUACCUGGAAUCAUACAUCACAGACACAGUCAACAGGUUUUCGUUGACAAGUGUCCCUUGACAACAUUUGUUUCUCGUGUGUUGUUAAACAUUUAUCUAACGUGAAGGCCGCAUUUUGUUUGACAAAACCAUAGAAGUAUUACUUGUACACGUCAAGGUUUUCUUGAAAAUUUUUGCUGUACACAUGAGCAAAUAAAACUUGCUCGUCUGUACAUACGGGGCUUAAAUCGUUUUAGUUAUAAAGAAAUCACAGUUCACAACAAUGUACACGGUAUAAAAUUAUCAUUGUUGACGAGUGUAAGAUCCCGGCGUCAUUUCAUUGGAACAGACAUUGCCGCUAUAUUCACUGACCGCAAAUUCUAUAUUCUCGUCAGUGGCGGCGCCACGGGGAGGACUGGGGAGGACACGUCCCCCCCAGUUCUCUUCAAGGUCAAUUUUCUAAUUUGUCCAAAUCCGGUGAGAAAAUUUGGGGGGGGGGGUACGUUUGUGACAUCAGUCCAGUUAUUUAGAUCUAACUUAAUAAAUUCAGUCUUUGUUGUGUGAAUAAAAACCGGUAUUAAAAGAUCUUCGCUUUACUUUUGACAAAAGACCGUUUCAUAUAUGCGGUAUUUACCAUUAGAAUAUUGCAGGCACUGAUUACGACCGCCGAAGGAAACCCAUCAUAAUGGGUUAACAUAUUACCCAAAUUAAGUGCAAGGGGUAAUGUGUGAUGCGGAAGUUUGGUCCUGCUGCUGAGAUGUGAGGGAGAUAUGUUAAUUAAUUAAUGCACCGUUCGCGCAACAUAUGGUCAUUAGCUUCUUGGAACGCAUCACUACACAACUGAAAGAGAAAAAUGUUUGAAGGAAGAGAUCCAUCAAGUGAAAUUGUGUGUGAGGGAGGCAAAUAGAACCUUCGUUUUCGAAUCUUGACGGUUAGACCUAUUUUAGAUUUUUCAACAUCGGAAAUAUCGAUGAGAAAGUUUACAUUCCAAAAGAAAUGGUACGAAGAGUACAUAUGACUGGAAUAUUCAAUGUAACAACUGGAAGAUUACAUACGAGCAUCAUAGCAGCGAAGAGAAGGAAAGGAAAGAGUCUAGAGAAAGGGUCCAAAAGAAAGUUUCCACCUUGGAUUUGCUUGCCCUCCUUGUUCGAAGUUUUCAGCAAAGAUGAUCUGCACCACCUUUACCCGACCUGUUUGAGGUCGCUACCUUGCCUGUGACAGUACAGUGGCAUCAUGUGAACGCACACACAGCAAGGUCAAAAUAAUAAACAAUGAUUUGCGAGUUGCUAUGUCACCUGAUAGACUCGAGGACCUUGUCCAGAUUAGCAACGAACGAGAUCUAGCCAACAAUAUUGAACUUACCAAAUUAGUGGAAAUAUUUAAGCUUGCAAAACCUCAUAAGCUUGUCAUGCAAGGAGAUCUACGAUAACAUAUAGCCAUUAUUAUUCUACCUAACAGUUAUUUCCAUUUGUAUUUAAAUAUAAAAUUAUGUUGACUUCAAUUUUCCUGGAAGUAGAAAUUCCUUUCGGCAGCUGUCAAUCAAUGUAAUCAUAGUCAAUAACAUAAGAAGGUUAGGGAACUCGAUGCAGACAUAAUAGACCUAUCUAUGAUUUUGUCUUGGUUUAUGCAAAAAAAAAUGGUCGAUUCAUCGUCAUGUGUGUAUUGUAUGCUAGAGUAACCAAUAGUUAUGUUUUUGUUUAGCCAUUGUGUAAUAUUACGACCGGGUAAUUAAACCAGCACACUGCUAUUGGUAACUAAUAAUACACUCAUGACGAUGAACCGAUCGUUCCUUGCAUAAACCAGACAAAAACAUAGAUAAUGAGGUCUUUUGCUGUUUGUCUGCAUCGAGUUCCCUAACCUUAUUCUAUUGACUAUGAUGUAAUACUGCAUUUGUAGGUAUUAUAUAUACGUAUAGUCAUGAAAAAAUCGUGUGUUUUGUUUACUUUAUAAUUUUCGGAAUUCUGAAUAAUCUCACCCUGAAAAUGCAGGAAAUCGUAUUUCAGGGACUCUAGAUUUCAAAAAUUUUCCGGGGAGGGCAUGCCCCCGGACCCCCCUAGAAGUGUCUCGCGCCUUCACCGCUCGAAAAUCCACCCCACUUUUAAAAGGCUGGCGCCGCCACUGAUUCUCGUAAGUGGCGAAAAUGAAAAGCGGGAAAAGUUGUAAAACUAUACGGACGAGAAAAGAAAAGCGCACAUGAAAGGCGCGAAACUGGUCGACAACCCAGCGGGCAAAAUGACGUUUAUCCAACGUUGAAUCAACGUUGGAAAUGACCUUCCAGACGUUGGAUAGACGUUGAAAAAGGGUUGACUAUGCAAAUUGAUCGCGUUACUGUUUCGACGUUGAAACAACGUUGAAAUUAGGUUGCCAAUCUCUUCAACCAUAAUUCAACGUUGAAUCCACGUUAAAACAACGUUGAGAUUGGUUCACAAAUCGACGUCGUACAUUUAACCAUGAAUGAACGUUAAUUCAACGUCUGUUGGCUGCUGUUGAACCAAUGUUUGUAAAACAACGUCAGAGCAACGUAGAUAUUAGGUUGUCGACGUCGCAACCUUUUUUCUACCAAAUUUCAACGUUGAAACAACGUCGUGUGCCCGGUGGGAACUGGCUUUACGAGUUGACAAAUUUAAAUGUCGUGAAGUUCGCGAAAACGAAAAGAGCAAAAAAUUUUAUGCAGAAAACUACAUGUCAACAAGUUGCAACAAUGUUGUUAUUCCAUCAAGUUGCUACAAGGUUGUCACUCACAACUUGUUGACAAAUUGUUGAAUGGCUGGACGAUAUCAAGUUGUUGGAACAACUUGUAACAAGUCUGUUGGGCUCAACAAUCUUGUAGCAAGUUGUCAACAAGCUAGUGGGAACAAGCAGUGCGAGCAAAUCCUGUUGACAAGUUGUUGGAACAGCACUGCUACAGGUCUUCUGCAGGUUUGUUACAACUUAUGCGUUUUUACGUGCGUGUACAACCGAGGCUAGGAGAAACGAAGGCGCGAAAAAUCUUUUAAAUCAAUUGUCAGUCAUGCAAAGGACACAUGCAAUGUAGAAUGAACGAUAUAUUUCUGUAUUAUAUACUUGCAGAGGUUAUGUGAAGAUCUCCAAUAUGCUGAUAUAUUGACCAAAGCGGCAGGUAUAUUUCCGCGUGUUUUCCUUAAGUUUUAAGAUGUACCAAAUCUGCGACGCGGACGCGACUAAAAAUCAGUCGUUAAUAAUUGGAGACUAGUUUUACUUCGUUGUUCUCAUGUCCCUGGCUUUGUUUACCAACAACAAUCCAUAGUUUUUACCCGUGAAGUGAAACUGCGAUAGUAGAGGCAGUUUUUCGUCACGUCCGCGUCGUAGAUUCGGUGUAUCUUAUAAAGCUCCCUAAUAUCUGUCAGUAAAACAUGCGUGUAUUUAUUUCUGGGGUGCCUGUUUAUUGAAGACGGCGUUAUGUGUUUGUAGAAUGUGGAAAUUCCGUGGAAAGACUUGCAUACGUUGCUGCUUUUAUGGUUUCUUCUUAUUCAACUGUGCCAGGAAGGUAUAUGCUUUGAAACUGUAGACUACUAGACGUAGUCGUAGCUCUGCAUCGCAUCCACUCUGUGUAACGACGUUAAUAAUAUACAUGAAAAAAUUUCUCAAUUCUGACUGGCUAAGAGCAGUACAAUUGUUUCGAAAUACAGUGCCAAGAAAUGAAAUGAAAUACAGUGCAAAUUCCAUUGACUGUAAGGUACAGCCAUUUCUAGCAGAAAAUAAUACAAAAAAUCCAAAUAAUUUACAAGUGAUAUGAUAAAAAUGGCUGGCGUUUUUACUUUUUAGUAGAUUUUCUAUUGAAAGUAUUUAUAUUAAAAUUAACUAUUUCGCAUGACUGCAUUAUUUUUUCAUAUAUAUAUUAGUAUUAACAAGUAACAGUAUGGUUUCUCGUGCAAUUUGGAAAAAAACAUACACUCGUGAGUUUUUCAAAGACUUCAAAUUGCACUCGUCCUUCGGACUCGUGCAAUGGACCAUUUGCAUUAUAGACUAAAUUUUGAUCUGGACAAAAAUUUCAUCACAGCUUGAAAGAGCAUCGCAAAAUUAGUAAUAUUCCAAAGUUUCGUUGCGAAUUGUUGUAAAAUGCGGAUAAUAUAGCCUUGCGAAGUUUGCCGUUUUUCAGUCAUUUUGUAUUACGCACGUGGGAAAUUGACAGCCCAAUCGGGUGUUGGGGCAUCAAUUUCCCGUUUGUAAUACAAAAUGACUGAAAAUUGCAAAUUUCGCAAGGCUAUAUUUUUCGGCGUAUUACAACAUUUCGCAACGAAACUUUGGAAUGUUACUAAUUUUGUGAUGCUCUUUCAAGCUGUACGUGAUGAAAUUUUUGUCUAAACCAAAAUUUAGUCUAUAAUGCAAAUGGUCCAAUUGCACUCAAAACCAUACUAUUACCUAUGCAAACCUGCAUGAAUGAAAAAUGGAAUCGUGUACUACUAUAAUCCAUAUUGUCUUUACGCGUUUUCUCCUCCUGUGUCUGUGUGUCAAUCCAGUUCUUGCACUUUUUUGUAGAUUUUGGAAACCGUUUAAUCCGUUACUUGGAGAAACGUUUGAAUAUAUUAACGAAGAACAUGGGUAUACCGUUGUUGCUGAACAGGUAUACUGCGACGUAGAUUAUACUCUUAUGUCUAAAAGUAAAGACCCGUGGAAUUUUUCGGAAAUAUUUAUUACCAAAACCGCGGAUGCAUCCUCUCAUCCGAAAAAACGAGUCUUAUUGCGUUCAGGAAUGCGACUACAUAUUUUCUAGUCUGCUCGCAGACUGCAUCCCGCUCCCCCCUGGUUCACGGGAUAACACAUAUUUUCAUGCUUUUCCAGAAAUCGUGUUUUAUUUUAAGAAAUUUUGAAACAAAACGAACUGAUCAUCCAGAAAUGCACAAAGCAGGUUAACUUUUAACCCAGAGGCCGGAUUAGCGCUAACCCUGUGGGUUAAAAGUUAACACGCUAUUUUGGUGUAGGUAAAUCUUCUGUUCAUUUCAAAACUUUGGAAGAUAAAACCUCUAUUGAUCCAGACAAGAAUUCUGAAUUUUUGACACGAGAACGUGACAUGUUUUUUGGGCGAUGGAGAACAUCCGCUGUUUUGGUAAUAGCUGUCUAUACUUGUACACUGAUAAUAGAAUAAAUUUAUCAUUAUCAGGUUUCGCACCAUCCACCUGUUUCAGCGUUCCACGCCGAAUCACAAGACUGGGUAUUUUGGCAAGAAUAUAAACUGGAUACGAAAUUCAGGGGACAGGUAUACUAUAACGGAACAAGCUUUACUUAUACUGGGUAGCUUUUAGGGGUUGGAAAUUUACAGUAAAUUGUCGUCGUCGUCGUCGUCGUCGUCGUCGUCGUCGUCGUCGUUGUUGUUGUUGUUGUUGUUGUUGUUGUUGUUGUUGUUGUUGUUGUUGUUGUUGUUGUUGUUGUUGUUGUUGUUGUUGUUGUUGUUGUUGUUGUUGUUGUUGUUGUUGUUGUUGUUGUUGUUGUUGUUGUUGUCGUUGUUGUUGUUGUUGUUUGAAAUGAGCGGGCAUCUAUGGCGACAGAUAUUUGCCAAAGGUAGCCCUUGUGGCGACUGAGAAAAAACUUAAAAAAUAAAAAUAAAGUAAUUCUAAUAAUUCGGGUACAGGUUGCCGCAACACGAAAAUAACGAAGUAAAACGUAACUUCGUAAAAUGUCUUUGUUCCAACUUCCAAGUAAAAAGUACUCUGGAAAAAUUACUCGUUACAUGCCCACUUCUCAGAAAUAAAUUAUACCCAAAUACAUCCCCCCCCCCAUCCAUUUUUAAUGGUCCUAUCCUAAAUCGCGCGUUUUUUUUAAUUCGUCUGUAGUAUAUCAAAGUGUGUCCUACUGGUAUGGUCCAUUUAAAGUUAAAGAAAUCUGGUGAUCAUUUUAGUUGGAAGAAGCCACAAACUAUAAUACAUAAUAUCGUGUUUGGAACGCUGUGGGCAGAACAUGUAAGCACCUGCUUUGAGGAUCCUAAUUCUGCCUGGCUGAAAACGGAGCAGCCGGUCCGUUUAACUCGAACAGCCUUGUAACAAGUCUGAUAAUGCCAUCAAGCUUCUGACAAGUUGUUACUUGUUAACAGCUUGUUCCAAACUUGUUACAACUAGGAACACAACUUGUUUGCACACCUGCAUGUAACAGCUUGCGCGUUUUUACGUGUGUACAUCAGUUCACACACUUUGAUCAAACUGUAUUUUGUCUAAAGAAAACAGUUAGAGAGUGCAAGCCAGUCAUAAUGUACACGAUAAAAAAUUAAUGUAUUUUUUUGUUAGGAUGGCGAGGUUGUCAUAACAAAUCAUCAAACGAAUGAAAUUUGUACUAUUCACUUUCAAACUUAUAAGAGAGUACGGGAAAACUAUAAAAUUGUCACAGGUUUGUCUGAAAUUCUCAAAAAUAAUUGUCUUUGACUAAGAUAUGUAAUAGGUUUGAUUUUUAUAUUGACAUUUGACUGCAUUUUCCAGGGCAAAUUCGGGAUUCAAAUGGUCAUAUAUGUUUGUUAUUGGAUGGGAAUUAUGAAGAUAAAAUGGAGUACACGUCAGUCCAAAAUGGUACGAUCAAAUACAAUGUACAGUACAUAAUGGCUUUCAACCUCGUUUCUGGGCUCUGACCUCUUUGACCUCUUGUGGAGAAAAGACCCUGGUAGGAGCUGGUCACGUGAUUUUAAUGGAUGAUGAUGAUGAUGAAAAAUAUUUAUACUUUAAUUUAUAACUUGCAUUUUAUUUUGCAAGUUUGAUUAAAGGAAUCCAAGAUAGUUGAUUAGAAAUCUGCUAGAUUUUAGCAGAUCACGUGACCAGCUCCUACAGGGUCUUUCCUCCACAAGAGGUAAGAACCUGGGAACGAGGUUGAAUGGCUUCACCAUCUAUUUCUUUGAAACUUCUCACUUUUCUUUUUCUUCAGGUUUAAAUUCAGAUCCAAUUUCAUUAUGGAAAGUGACACCGAAACCUGAAAUAGCUCCACGGUAAGUGGUCGGAUUUUUUUAGAGGUGCGCGCCGGCCUCCCCUCAGAUUUUUGCAGCUUUUCUGAAAAGUCAGGCACCUUUCCCUCGGGAAACAGUAAAAUUAUAAUUACCCUUUUAAUGCCAAUUCCCAUUAGUCAUACAGCAUUCAUAUGGCAUUCAUACGAGGCUUCGGCAGCUUUUUCUUUGCGAUAACCUCUAGUUUAAAAUUAUUUUUAAUUCCUGUGUUUUCAAUUUGUAUGUUUUCUUUAAUAUCUUCAGAAUGUACGGUUUUACGACAUUUACGAUGCAUUUGAAUGAACCCAACGAAGGUAAGAGUUAGAGCUUUCAGUAAGUAGGUAACGUGCAUUGGUAGUAAUUGGAAAGUAAAAUUUAUUUUGUGCAAUUCAGAAAUUGAUAGAGCAAAAAUUACUGCAUGCAUGGCCAGAAAUCAUGGUCAUGAUUUUUUUACUUCCUUCGUGAUUUGCAUAUCACUUUGAAAUAUAGCUUCAACCGUAAACAGUGAAUUAUAUAACGCGACGUUGUUAAUCGAAUUAAAUCUGAGAAUAAAGUAGGUCGUUUGCAACUUGCCUCAACCGCUGGCCGCAAACUACAAAGUCUGCAGUCGAAGUAUUGAAUGUAAUGUAGGCCUGAUUUCAGUUACUGCCUAUUCUGCGUUUUCAAUAUUUGUACACUAGAGGUUAGUUUUUACGACAUUUGUCUAUUUAACUCUAUAUGCAUGAGAAUAUGCAGUAAGGCACUCUUCUUUUUUUUUUUUGAUUACGGAUAUCCCGACCUUGUAUUUUUAAAAAGCAGAAAAAGAUAAAAAUGCCGCUUAUCAGUUUUGAUGUGUUGGGUUUUUUUUCCAUCCGACCAUAUUUUAGAAAGUAUUAGUAUUUAUUUUCCCAGCAAGACACCUAAAAAUAUAAACUAAAUGUGCGAGAAUAAAGUCAGGCUGACGUGCAGGCAAUUGUCACGCAUAAUCACGCCGCGUGAACGUGAAACAUGGCCGAAGGAGGCGAUGUUUACUUCGCUGUUUUCACGUAAGAAUGCAGUAGUUGUUACAAGUUUACAAGCAAAUUGUUACGAAUCUGUUCACAAGCUGUCGAGAAGAUGUGUUCGCACUGCUUGUUCCCAGUUGUUGUAACAAGUUUGGAACAAGCUGUUAUCAGCUUGUAACAAGCUUGAUGGCAUUAUCAGACUUGUUACAAGAUUGUUCUAACAAGUCUGAUGCAGUCAUGAUGUAGCAAGAAUGUUACAAGGUUGAUGACACAAGGUUGUAACAAUAUUGUUGUAUCAUGACUGAAUCGGACUUGUUGGAACAAUGCAUCAUGCAACCAGUCUGAUAAUAUCAACAAGGUUGUUACAAGUUGUUAAUAGCUUGUUUCAAACUUGUUGACAACUUGGGACAAGCAGUGCGAACACAACUUGUUGACGGCUUGUUGGCAAACUUGUUACAAUAUGCGAGGUUUUUACGCGUGUCGCGUGUACUCCUUGACUUUGGAUGUACCUGUCACUGUGCGUGUGGUAUUAGAUAUAUAUUAGACAAUUCUUUAUUUUUUUUAAAUUUUUGCCCUCCCGCCCUAAUAUUGGCGAGCAAAAUCCGUAAUCCAACAACAAAAAAGCGUGGCCUAAUAGAAUUGGAACACCCUUCUUUAUAAUACUUCCAUUUUUCGACUUUCAGAUAUUCAAUGUCCAACGGACUGUAGGAAGAGACCCGACAUACGAAAAUUAGAAGCAGGAAACGUAAGUUGCGUUGCGUGCUAUAAUGCGCUCUAUAUACUUCAUUAUUUUACUCUAUCGAACGCCAGACGAUUUUACCAUAGAUAUAAGGAUUUUACUCGUCAAGGGUAUAGCGCUGGCGCGCAUUAGGUUACGGGAACAAAUUGAUUUAGAAAUAACGGACUCUCGUUUCCUUUUCUUGGUGUCAUUUUUUCAACAAGCAAUUCUUAUAUACUACUUUGUCAGAUGGAAGAAGCGGCCCGCGAGAAAUCCAGGUUAGAAAACAAACAAAGACAUGCGAGGAAAGAUCGGGAAACAGAGGGUAAACAAUGGUCACCAAGGUAAGAUUUUCUUGAGGAAAAUAUCUGAAAAUCCUCAUGUAUCCUCAAAUGUUCCCCUGUUGAAGGAAACAACAUUUUCUCUUCGCGGAAAGCAAAACACUGGAAAAAGUUUUGAAAAUCCAUAGAAUGGAAAUUGUAUGGACCUUUAUUGGAAAUAGAAUGGAUUUGGAUGGAAAGCACAGCAUUUUUCUUGCUCUCCAGAUAUUGUUAUGCAAAGUGUUCUUAUGCCAGCUGUAAAGUGCUUAUUCAUUUCGCAAGUGCAGUUAUAUUAGGGCCAUUUAUACCAGCGAAAAUAAACCGCGUCCUAAAUAAGCCGCGGCUUAAAUAAGUCGCGAACGACUCGUAUAAACAGUCAAUUUGCAAUAAGCCGCGGCUUAUUUAGGCCUAGCUUUCAAGCCUGGGCUUAUUUUAGCCGCGGCUUAUUGCAAAUUGAAUGUUUAUACGAAUCGUUCGCGACUUAUUUAAGCCGCGGCUUAUUUUCGCUCGUAUAAAUGGCCCUAUUGUCUCGUAAACGGUGUUAGAGAGGCUCUGAUUUGACUAAAGCUACAAUCCAGGAAAAAAUUAUUGUGGACAGCGCGCGCGGAAAUAUAUAUACACCUACCAAAGUUGUUCCAACAACUUGUUAUCGCCCUGCAGUUCAGUCAACAAUUUGUCAACAAGUUGUGAGUGACAACCUUGUAACAACUUGAUCAAAACAACAGCAUUCUUGCAAUUUGUUGACACGCUUGCUGCACACGUAAAAAUCUCACAUCUUGUAACAAGUCUGCCAACAAGCUGUCAACAAGAUAUAUUCGCACUGCUUGUUACAAGUUGUCAACAGGUUUGGAACAACUUGUUGACAACUUGCAACCUUGUCGAAAUUAACAGACUUGUUGCAAGGUUGUUCUGACAAGUCCGUUACAUGGUUGAUGUAACAAGAUUGUUACAACCUUGUGUUGACAACCUGGUAACAUCCUUGUUAUAUCACCUUGCUGUAACAAACUUGUUGGCACAGUCUUGUAACAAGGCUGAUAAUGCCAUCAAGCUUGUUACAAGUUGUUAACAGCUUGUUCCAAACUUGUUACAACAAACUUGGAACAAGUAGUGCGAACACAACUUGUUGACAGCUUGUGAAAAGACUUGUAACAACUUGUUUGCAGACUUGUUUGAGAUUUUUACGUGUGAUGUUACAUGGUACAAUUUGCAACGACGAUUCUCUGGGCAGCGGCCGUUGAUUUCUAAAGGCAUGUUACUGUGCAACAGCUGUGCACGGAAAAUCCUCCUUAAUAACUUGGAUAAAACAACUCAUUUGCUUCCCAACAGGUGGUUUAAACUAUUAGAAGACCCAGACUCAAAUACUUCAUGUCAUACAUACCAAGGUGGUUACUGGAAAUCGAGAUGCGAAGGCAAAUUCGAUGAUAUGGCUGAUCUAUACUGACGCAAUAUUGGGGAUAGUAGCUAUAGUUAUAAUAUGCUGAAAGCCACGUAUUUAGAUUAUGAUAAUAUGAUUAUUUUUUGGCUAUACAAUAGCUAUUAUUUAAGAGAAAAUUCGACUAUAUAUUAUACCCAGUUAUUUAUAGUAACAACUAAUGUUUCGGGUUAAUGAAAAAAAUGCGUUAAGUUUAUAUUUAUUUAUGUGAACAAGCAAUGACUUAUGCUCAGUUUGUUAGUAAAAACUACAAAUUGAGAUGAAUAACGCGUAUAUAUUUAAAUUUAAAUUGAACUAUUCUUACGAAAUAUUGUAAUCGUACAAUCAGUAUUUAUAUUUUGUUACAAAAUAGGGAUUUAGAAUCACCAGACAGUUAAACAGUAUACAUGUUUGGAAGAAUUUUAUUUUGAAAAUUUAUGGUAACCCUUAAGGCCCAUUUCGACUCAAGAAAAUGUUCCACCGACAGAAAAUGUUCCGAAAAUACCAUUGUUAAAAGUUGAAAAUUUUAAAGUUCAAAAUUUUUUUCCGACGGAAAAUUUUUGUCGACCAAUCACAUUUUACAAAAUUUUCUUUCUGCGGAAAAUUUUCCUAAGUGGAAAUGGGCUUUAAUUAGCCUGAGCACAGACCUUGGUUUUAUACUCUAUUUUGCGGGUGGGUUGGCUUGCCAUUCCAUCCGCGGAUAUUAGGGCAACAAAACAAAAAUCUGCUCAGGCCUAGACUGCAUGGCAGGCGGUCCCUAAAAUCGGGCAAGUCUGUGAAAGACCGCCUGCCAUGCAGGCUAGCUCAGGCCAGGAAACACCCUGCGAGAACGCCUGGUCGCAGGUAAUUAGGCAACACUUAGCCUUGGGCUUUUAUGAAUAAAAUAAAAUAAUAAAAAUAAAUAAAUAAAUAAAUGAAUGUAAUUCUCAUUCUUCUGAGCAUUAUAAUCGUAUUUUUUUUCGCACAGAGAAAAGAUAAAUUUCUUAAAUUGAUAACAAAACUAGUUCUUUACCAAUUGGAUUUUUUCUCCAGCAGUUCUAAUAUGCGUACGCAUGAGUCUUUUAUUCUUUAUAUGAAUUUGCGCUUUAUUUUCUGCUGGCAGAAAAUUAAAGAUUCAGCAUGUCACGGGUAUAUAUUAUAGUUACUAUAGAUAGCAUGCAUACAUUGAUUUCAGACCUCGUAAAAGUGUUCCUCGGAUCCUGAAUUUGUUUAAUGAAUGUUCUUCAAAAGUAUGCGCGGCAAUGUAUUCUUCGUUUGCACAUGACGUCAUGGCGGCCGUGUUGGCGAACCACUGAUACACACAUGAAAACCAGUGGUAAAAAGGCACAAGUUGUAACAAACCUGCCAGCAGACUUGUAGCAAUGCUGUUCCAACAACUUGUCAACAGGAUAUGUUCGCACUGUAUGCUUAUUCCCAGCUUGUUGACAAGUUGUCAACGGCUUGUUGUCAACUUGCUUUACAAGGUUAUUGAGCUCAACAGACUUGUUACAAGUUGUUCCAACAACUUGUUAUCGUCCUGCAAUUCAACAAUUUGUCAACACGUUGUGAGUGACGAUCUUGUAACAACUUGAUACAAUAACAGCAUUUGUUACAACUUGUUGAUCGACAAGCUUGCUACAAGCCUGUUGCGAACACAUCUUGUUGACAAGAUUUUUACGUGUGUAGUUGGAGGAACGCUAACAAAAGAAUAUCAUUAGCAGCUAUUGUACAAGUUGUUACAGGUCUGCAAACAAGUUGUUACAAGUCUGUUCACAAGCUGUCGACAAGUUGUGUCCGCACAGCUGCCUGUUCCUAGUUGUUGUAUAAACAAGUUUCGAACAAGCUGUUAACAACUUCUAACAAGCUUGAUGGCAUUAUCAGACUUGUUACAAGGCUUUUCUAACAAGUUUAAAUUUAAAAUGUUCCUUUAAUCUUGUUUAAAGCCAAAUAUUCUCAUAAAGGAUCCCGUGGAUUCCCACUUUUCAGGCCUGAUGUGUCUUAAAAUUAUUGUGUGCAUGUAAUUAAAUAUAAAUAUAUUUAAAUAAAUUUUACACAUUCAUGAGUUGUAUUUUACUGCUUCUUUUAUUUCUAAACCAAGAAAAUAUUAUAUAUGUUACUGUGCCUGUGCUAGCCACCACGCGAGGCAGUUACACACGCAAAAGUCUCGCAUCUUUUGGCAUGUCCCAAGUACAGUGUCAACAAGUUUGGAACAAACUGUUAACAACUUCUAACAACCUAGUUGUAUUAUCAGACUUGUUGCAACUGUCGAACAAUUCCGAUACAGUCAUGAUAUAACAAUAUUGUUACAACCUCGUGUCAUCAACCUUGUAACAUUCUUGUUAUAUCAUGGCUGUAUCAGACUUGUUAGAACAACUUUGCUACAAUUCUGAUAAUGCCAUCAAGCUUGUUACAAGUUGUUAACAGCUUGUUCCAACAACUGGGAACAAGCAGCUUGUGAACAGAGUUGAAAAAACUUGUUUGCAGACCUGUAACAACUUGUGCGUUUUUACGUGCGUAGCUCAGCAAGUUUCUCUCGUGCGCGGCAUGCUUUAGACAGAGUAAAAUAAAAAGGGUGCAAUGCCAAUGCAACUUAAUGGGUUAAGCAAAAUGUCAGGAAUGAAGAUUAGUUGCUAGAUACAAGGAAAUUAAAAUUGAAGUGUUUUUACAAGUUCCUAUGGAAGAUGGAAGAUAUGGAAAAAAUUGUUUCAUAAAUUUUCCCAAAACCAGGUGCAAGUAAAAAAGCUUUAAUUGGUACAUGUAUAUUCUACAAAAAUAUUUUAUACUGUUUAUAAUACUGUACACUAGUCAUUGGAGAUCCCAGCACAGGGGAUAGGUUACAUCGUAAAUCGUCAGUUCUGCCACAGUUGUAUACUGAGCAUAGGAAGAAGUUCUGGUGUUUCUUUGUAUAACUACAGUAGAAUGGACAGAUUUUCCAUCCUCAGGUAGUAGGUAAUGGUUCUGUUUCUGGUGACAAGUUAUUUGUUUCAUUUAAAGUGUUUUUAUCUCUCUCAGAUGUUGGCUGUUCAUCAAUUUCUAACGAGACAAUGUGUUUUCCAGGAAUCAUGGCAAGACCUAAUAUUCUUGGUUCUUCAUUCUCAUAAUCUAGAAAAUAUAUCAUUUAAAGAUGUUGGGUGCCUUUGCAAAGAAAGUUCAUAUCUAAAACAUGGGGUCCGGCGUAGGUAGUGAAUCUUUUCAGGUAGUCGGACAUAAAGUAUAACUGUAACCCUAGAGGUCCAGUGUUGGUAAUAUCAUAUUGCUCCAGUGUUACUGCAGGAGAAAACCCAACUACCUGGAGAAGGCAAGCAAUCACACACGGAGAACUCAUGGGAAAUGAACCACCAUCACAGAAAUGAACAGAAAGGCACAAUAGCUGGGUUUAAGUCAUGUGGUACAUUUAGCGCUUGGUGGUGAACUCCAAAAAGAAACACAGUUACCAGAGCGAGUUAAUUUUUCAUUGUGUACAUGUAAUUGACUUUGUGUUUGGUGGCAAAUGCAUGUAAUUUUGGCGAAAUUUGCUCACUUCCACAAAAUAUAAAUUUUAAAGACAGGGUAUGGUACGGUCUGCGCAUGCGCAUAUAGUAGUCUCCUGCCGUGAUAUAAACACUUUAAUUAGGUUUUUAUUUCAUUUUAUGUAAUUGCAAAGCCUGAUUGUUGUAUCUUGAUAAUUUACUGUAGAAGCAUAAAAAUAUAAAAGUUGUCGAAUAAAGUUCAAUAUUUUGAAUACUGAAAUGUAAACAAAGGCUAAGUUUGUUUACAAACGGACUGUACCCUACCUUUAAUCGUCAAUAUGUGUAAAGUUGAAAACCAAGCGUUUCCCUAUAUGUGUUCGGCUUUGGCUAUAGAGCCUUGUUUUUGUGUAUGUGACAUUAUUUGUUCAAGCCUAUCAUCUCAAUCCCUAAAAUGAGGCUAAUAGUCAAUGUUAGCAUACUUUCCGGACUGGUGUAUUACACAUCUAACACUUAUUGGCCCAAUACUGAAUUGUUAAUAAUUCUUUAGUAACGUUCUUUAUUAUAAAUAAUUUAUUACCAAUUAUUUAUAUUACCUUCGCCAUACACAAACUCUUGGCAUGAUCCAAGAAUAAUGUUCAUUUCUUGAUCAGUACACAAGAAUGAUCCUAUUAGUCGUCUACCAUCAGAGAUCUUUACUUUGAUGAUUUUAUUCAACCAACUUUGCAGCAAGGCGCUAGACGGUGAUACUGGAGGAUCAGUCUCUUCAGACAUCUAUGGAACAAGAGAAUAUA